CUUCAUUUCCAUUUCCAUUUCCAUUUGUGCUUGCAUCUUUAUUCUCUUUUAUAACAUCCUCUUCUUUACCUACUGCCCUAUCCACAACCGUGACACAUUAGUCUACAACAAUACCAAGUAUUAAUUCGAUCGACAUGCACCAUGGUGCGCUCCACGGCUGCGAACAUCGAGAGGGCAACACUCAAAAAGGCAGCUGUCAGUACAGUCCCGUCCUGGGCAAAAGCGAAGGCGUAUCAAUGGAGCAUAGUUGAAAGUGAUGAGGACUCUACGCGACAUGUCUCGGAGGCAUCCUCCAGUACCAUCAUCGGAUCUUCUAUGGCAAAGCACUCUUCAACAACCUCUCUACCUCAUACCAUAAACUCUACAGCCACAGGCACCUCGACUUCUCAGUCAUGGUCUAUCUUCACAACCAUGAGCAAUGUGUCUACUGUUUCAGAAUGCCUAUCAAAGUUCAAUCAUCCAGUCUACAAAACUGCCCCUGCCCCUACACUUGAGCCGAUACAGGGUUCAUACCAUUCGUUAGACCAAAAGUCGCAUCAUAGACAAGCUCUGGAAGGGGUCCAAGAUAAACGCGACUGCACUUGUACUUGUCCCCAGCAUGAAUACUCAUCUCAUCAUCAGCCACGCCGUACGCGGUUAUCUACGAGAUCCAAGAAACGACAGCAGAAAUAUUCAUUAGAGUUGGCACGAGGAUAUCCAACAGGAGAGUGUAUCUCUUCUUCAGGGCCACCCCCAGUGACGAUUUGGGACGAAAAGGAUCCUGCUGAUGUACUUUUUCAGGGACGACGUCUAAGCAUCAGUACCAAUACUGCUUUCAAUAUCGAGGCGUUCAAGAUGUUCCUCACCUCGCCACUUUUCUCUAGCAUUCUUAAGAGCUUAAUUGUUCUGGCUGCAACGUUACUUGUUAUCAUUUCCAUCCAUGCCAUUAUAGCCCUUCACAGGGAUCUGACAUUUGAAAAGGAUGCAAACCCAUUUUCGAACGCAACGGCAUCGCUUAUCAUCACUAUCAUUCUGUCAGUCUUCACUAUAGUAUACUCAUGUUUCACGAUCUUCUUGGAUUCUAGGAGACCUCCAGAGGGCCUUGAUUCGUCUAAUUCAAAACCGCUAACCGUCAUUUUUUCUGAGAUCCUAAUGUCCAUAUUCUGGGCUCAGGUAUUGAGUGUCACCAUCUACAUUUAUACAUGGACAUUCGGAUGCACAAUGGCGGGGAAAAGACAGCUCGAGCGUGUUUGGCACCAGAAUCAGUCGUUUCCCGAUCAUGUAGUAGAGAGACUAUGUCGCCAUGAAGGGGCUAUGCUGGGGCUUGAGAUAUUCCUAGUUAUGUUGCUGAUCUUCAACUUUUAUACCCACUUGGCACAGAAUUUUCAGUUUAUUCGUGCUGUCUCUAGAUGAGAAAAUAAAAUCAC